CACACCAUAAACCCCGAAAUGAAAAUGAGUGACUAAAUGAAAUGACAUAUCGAAACGUUCCUAUCGGGUUUUCAAUUGCCUUUCCGGCAGGAAGAAUCAUCGGCCCUGGCGUUAGAUCAUACGGUGUCGCUUUCGUGUGGGAGCGUACAAACCCCCGCACAGAGAACCUUCUGGGCUGAUAAAUCAUCCCACGGAUGUUUUUUCAUACAAAUGCUCCGUAAUGAGGAAAUCCUUCUCCGCCCUGCAGUCUACUUUAUAAAACACCCUAAAAGAGAUCCGCUAUUCACUACACCCUAAUGGCUGAUUUGCACUUGCACCCUACGCUAUCACGCCCAGUAGGGCAGCAUCUCCAGCAUACCGACUCACUUAUUUCCGUCGAAACUCACGUCUGGCCGCAAAAUGACCCCGCACUCGAAGACUCACAGAAAAAACCUGAGUUACCUCUUGACACCAAGGAACAAGCUACCGACAACCUCGAAGACGAUUGGGAACAUGAUCCUAUGAACGCUAGAAACUGGCCUAGCCCAAAGAAAUGGACCAUGGUGUUCAUCGUCUCGUUUUACACACUGAUACCGCCGCUAGCCUCAAGUAUGAUGGCGCCUGGACUCCCAGAAAUCGCGGCAAAAUAUGGAGUGACGGACACUAUUACGACAGCCUUGAUUCUCAGUGUGUUUCUGGCAUCGUUUGCUGUCGGACCUCUAUUCCUGGCUCCGAUGUCUGAGAUGUACGGUCGGACAUGGGUUCUACAUAUAGGGAACAUUUUUUCUCUGAUAUUCAACCUAGGUUGCGCCUUCGCGCCUAAUACGGGAGCACUAAUAGCAUUUCGGUUUCUCAGCGGAUUUGCUGGAAGUGCGCCGAUAGCAUGUGGUGGCGGAUCUGUGAGUGACCUGUUCUCGGAAAAGGACCGAGCUUCUGCUAUGUCGUUAUACACUCUGGGUCCGCUGAUGGGACCGGCGGUCGGCCCUAUCGCAGGUGGUUUCAUUGCGCAGACCGUCGGUGUUAAGUAUGUGUUCAUAACAAUUGCCGGUGCAUCCGGUCUUGCUAGUCUCUUGGGUCUCCCCCUCCUCCGUGAAACGUACGCACCCAUUAUCCGCUUACGACGCGCCAAAAUGUCCCCCCGCAUGUCUGCAUUGCAGGCGCCAAUCGUGCAAAUAUCGAAAUGGCAAUAUCUGUGGCUGAAUAUGAGUAGGCCGGUCAUUUUACUUACGCGAAGCUUCAUUUGUUUUAUCUUAAGUCUCUACAUGGCGUUUAUGUAUGGGAUUUACUACUUGAUGUUCGCGACCUUUGCAAGUUUUUUCAAGGAAGCAUACGGAUUCGGUCCCGGCAUCGGCGGUCUCGUCUAUCUCGGGUUGGGUGGAGGUUUCAUCUUGGCGACUCUCUUCGGUGCUCGCUUUGCUGAUCAAGUAUAUCACUACCUCGCAGAAAAACAUGGUGGUCAGGGAAAGCCUGAAAUGAGAAUACCUGCACUUUUCUUUGGGUCGUUAUUUGUCCCGGUCGGACUACUGUGGUACGGAUGGUCUGCCCAAGAGCAUGCACACUGGAUGAUGCCCAUCAUUGGUUCCGGGAUAUAUGGAUUCGGGAUGAUGACGACAUACCUCCCGAUUCAACUGUAUCUUGUGGACUCGUUCUCCUAUGCUGCCAGUGCUCUGGCUGCGGCUGCAGUGUUUCGAUCAUUAUUUGGAUUUGCUUUUCCUCUCUUCGCCAAUCAAAUGUUUGAUGCAUUGGGCCUGGGAGGAGGGAAUUCGUUGCUCGCUGGACUGGCAAUUGUUUUAGGGAUACCGUUUCCGAUAUGGAUAUACUAUCAUGGGGAGCAGAUGAGAAUGCGUAGCUCAUUCAGCAAGAGGUAGAGUUGAAAGUUGUUAGAAUAGGUAACUUUUGUUGUAUCAUGGAAAUCACUUUACGGCGGCGACCGGCAUGAUGUUGCCUGUAGCACUUGUUCCCAAACAACGCGCUUAUUUCGGCCCGGCCCUCAACUUGACCAUCUUUACCUUGCACUUUACUCUCGUGGGCAUUCGCUUAGAUGGACACUGAUAUUAUCAUGCUGGCCUUGCCAUAGUGAUAGUUCUUCUCCAUUGCACAAGAGUGCCCACCAGAUUUGCCGCCUGAGCUUCUUUAUAUCAUUUUCUGGUAUGCCAUUCCGAGUCACACCUUACUUAGAUAAAUGAGGACCAGAAAAGACGUGG